UUCAAGCAAAGCCAGUCUUGCAUUCUGGAUGCUUUCAUCAGCUGACAACCUUGGAACUCCAUUCUCGUAUGCUGUGGAUGGAAUAGCAACAGAUUUCACCCUGUCCAACUAUAAGUCGUUCGUGUUGUGUGUUGGAGGCGAGUGCGGUCCUUUCUCCGAUGUUCGCGCUAGUAAUGGAAACUGGCAUCACAUUGCAGUUACCUGGGAUGCAUCAUCUAAUGAUCCUAGAGGGAAUGCCAUCUUCUAUCUUGAUGGAAACAAAGUCUGGAGCGGUGAUGUUGCAAAAGGCAAAAGUAUCAUGAAUGGAGGAACUGUUGUGCUCGGCAAUUCACAGACAGCUCCUGGUCAGGUUGGAUCUGGAACUUCCAACUUUGUGGGUCAAAUGUCAGAUGUGUUGUGGGUGAAUCGAGUAAUGAGCGAAGUGGACGUGCAAGCUUUGAUGAUGUCACAUGUUACCGGGCAUGAAGCAGGAGCGGUUCUUGCGUUUGCGAUGACCCAGCCGGAUGAUCACUUGACCAACCUGAUGGACUACUCUACCUCCAACUACGUAGGAGAAUUUAUGGGCGACCCCAAACCGGAAUUGAUGUUUCCAGCGCAGGAUUCGAGACCACCUAAUUGGUAAUCGAUACGAAGAGCACACGUAAUUGUUUGUAAACAUAAUCCCCAUCUGAAAACUG